CCACACCCAAAUCAGCCCAGCGUUUAUAUCCCGCGAUGAUAUAUACCGCGUCCGACGACCCGUCCCGCGACAACAACCCCGCGUCCGGCAGCGGCGAGGGUGCCGCCAAGAAGCGCCGGCGCGGCGCCAAUCGACUCUCCUGUGCUGAAUGCCGCCGGCUGAAGCUUCGGUGCGAUCGCAGCGUGCCGUGCUCGUCGUGCGUCAAGCGUGGCUGCUCCGCGAUAUGUCCAGACGGAUCGCUUACGACGGGGCAAGGCAACCGGUUUGUCCUAGCGUCAACACAAGAUUUGCACGAAAAGAUCCACGAGCUCUGUCUGCGCGUGCGCUCGCUCGAGGACGGUCUGCGCGCGUCCCACCGCGGGCCCGAGCCGCACCCGCUCCUCGCCGACGAGCUGCUCAAGAUCAAGAUGCCGCUCCAGCGCGACGUCCCGCCCGCGCACCGGCACCCGGGCUUCAACGGCCAGAACGCCCAGAACAACGGGGGCGGAGGAGGGGGCGGAGGAGGAGGCCGGUUCGGCGGCGAGGGCGGGAGCGAGGAGGAGGGCGAGGGAGGGGAGGGCGCGGAGGUCGUCGACGCCGUCGGCAGUCUGUCGAUCAGUUUCAGCGGGCGGACGAAGUAUUACGGAAACGCGGCCAACUCUUGGUAUUUCCUCCAAAACGAGAACCCGGAAGAGGCGAACGAGGUCGACGAGCGCGUGGACGAGCUUAGGAAGAUCCUCCCGCCCCAGAUCCUCGCCAUGACCGGCACCUUCCCCCUCCCGCCCGUCGUCUCCCCGGGCAUGGAACGCGCCGCGGACCGGCUCGCGGCGCUCUACUGGUACCUCCCGCCCGCCGCGCGCGCGGCCGAGCUCCGGGACGUGUACUACACCUACGCCGCGUGGAUGUACCACCCCCUGCCCAUGGACCAGUUCAACGAGGAGAUCUACCUGACGUUUUACGGGAUGAGCGGGGGCGUGGUCGGCGGCGGCGACGGGGCGGAGGACCCGCGCGUGGCGCACAGGCUGUCGAUCAUGUUUAUGGUGCUCGCGAUCGGGAGCUUGAUGGAUCCGCGGGAGGCGCCGUUCAACGUCGAGGCGGAGAAGUUUCACCAGCUCGCGAGGGCGGCGCUGUUCCAGAGCAACAUCGUGGACGACCCGACGAUCUCGGCCGUGCAGGCGCUCUACAUGAUGACCUACUACUUUUUCCUUGCGGACCGGCACGGCGUCGCGUCGGGCUCGCGGUUCGCGAUCAUGGGCCUCGCGAUCAAGCUCGCGCAAAGCGUGCAUCGCGACUGCGGCCGGUUCAACUUGCCGCCGCUGGAGACGCAACGCCGGCGGCAGCUCUUCUGGGAGCUGUACACGUACGACCUCUGGCAGUGCUUCACGCUCGGCCGGCCGCCCAACUUUAGCCUCGCGCACAUCGACUGCAAGCCGCCCUACGUGGGUGAAGUCCCGGUGGAGCAUGUCUUCGAACAAUGGAAGCACCGGUUCACGGCAGAGUGCAUGUCGGUGCUGCUCGACCAGGCGUUCGGGGCGAAGACGCCCAAGUACGCGACGGUGCUCCAGCUGGACCGCAAGCUGCGGGCGUUCCCCGUGCCGCCCGUGCUCCAGAUCGCCGGAUUCGGAAACUCGGAUCCGCGCGCCGGCGCGGGCUCGGCGGGGCAGGACAGCGCGUCGCUCAUCCUGCAACGGCAUAUCGUGCUCGCGAUCAGGGAGAUGAGUGAGUUCGAGGCUGCCGUUUCUGGGAAAGGGGGUGGUCACGGGGUGCUGACGUGGGGUGUCUAUUUUCGUCGUCUAGGUUUGCUCUACCUCCACCGCUCGUUCUUCGCGCGCGCGAUCAGCGACCACCCGAAGGACCCGCUCGGGAGCCCGUACGGGACGAGCGUGAUCGCCGCCUAUCGCAGCGCGGGCUCCCUCGUCGCGCUCAUGCGCAACUUGCAUUCGCAGCUCAAGAAGGGCCCGAACGAGCGCACGUGGUUCUUGUGGGGCCACGUGUUCUCGUGUGCGAUCGUGCUGGGCUCGAUCGUGACGCGGUGUCCGUCGAUGAGUCUCGCCCCGAGCGCGCUGCUGCAGCUCGACUCGGCGUGCGAGCUCUUCUCGCGCACGGCGGACCUGUUCCGCGCCCAGAAAGUCCUCGUGCAACAUCAUGCUCAAGCUCCGCCAGAAGGCGCACGCGAGUCUGACCUCGUUCCGCGACGGCAAGCCGCUCUCGCUCGCGGGCCCGCUUGCGCAGCACGGCGGGCCGGGCUCGGGCUCGGGCCCGGCCUCGCCCCAGGACGAGGACGACGAGCUGUUCACGCUCGGCGGCAAGACGCGGCUCGUGGCGAAGGACGCGACGCUGAGCCCGACGUUGUCGACGGGCUCGGGCGGGUUGGGGCUGGAGAGGAGCCCGACGUCGCUGAACCCGGUCGUGCCGCUCCCGCUGAGCCCCGUCGGCACGGCGCAUAUACACCCGAACUUGGUCGAGUAUCUGCGCACGUUUGGGCCGGGCGGGAUGCAGCCGCAGGUGGGUGUGGACGUGGACGUGGACGUGGGCGUCGGGAUGGGCAUGGGCGGGUACGACCAGGGUCAGCAGCAUGCGGUGGCGUCGUCGUCGUCGUCUGGGCAGUAUGGGCUGCCGUCGAUGCAGCUCGCCGACACGGCGUAUGGGCCGCCGCAGCAGCAGAUGGUGAAGCAGCAGCAGCAGCUGCAGCAGGAGGCGGUCACCAGGAGUUCCCGCAGUACUUCCCGGUGUUCGAUUAUGGCCCGGCGGGCGGGGAGUUCCCGCCGAUGGCGAUGGUGCCCGAUACGAUGGUCGAGGGGCCGCCGGGGAGGAGGGAUAGCGGGACGCCGGAGAAUAUGCAGACGACGUGGCAGGAUUUCGUGGCGCAGCUCGGGAUGUGAAGAGCCUUGACGAAAAGUACGCCUGGCCAGAGUCGGGGGGGUGGGGUGUUUUGACGUCCGCUGUAUCGAUUUCCAUGGGCAUCGUGGAUCGGCUUUUUUUUUCCGUUUGUGUUUUUCUUUGUUCUCUCUUCGUGGAGUACGUAUAUCUUGGCGACGUGACUUAUGAUACAGCUUAUCCUAAAAUGUACUCUAGUAGCUGUGGUUUUUUCUUUCUUUGCGAC